CUAACAAUGAUAACAAAAACAUAAAUAAAUACCGGCACUAAAGUUUGUAAUAAUUUUAAAUAUUUAUUGUAUAUGUAUGAGGAUAAAUAAACAUUUAUGUGCAAGUAAAAAAAGUACUACCGUGUUUGAAGUAAUUGUCAAAUAUUAUUUUUUACAUCAAUAGUGUGCGAUAAAUUAAAUUUAAAAACAUUAGUAAUGCGGAAGUACGUGGCAUUGGGUGUCAUCAUAUAAACGAAUAGUUAAUAUACGUAGGCUUUUAAUAAUUUUAAUAGAAAAAAAAUUAAUAAUCGAGACAUAACAAUUACUUUUAAUAAUUUGACAAAAAAUAAGAAAACUAAAAUGGCAGCCACUAUUGACAGACGUGUUGCAUUAAUCACAGGAAUCACCGGUCAAGAUGGUUCAUAUUUGGCUGAAUUUCUUAUCGAGAAAGGAUAUGAAGUUCAUGGAAUGAUUCGAAGAUCAAGUUCAUUUAAUACACAACGAAUUCAACAUUUGUACGCUGAUCCAAAUUGUCAUCGUCAAGAAAAAAUGAAAUUACACUAUGGAGAUAUGACGGAUUCUAGUAGUUUAGUUAAACUUAUUUCUUCGAUUCAUCCAACAGAAAUUUACAAUCUUGCAGCUCAAAGUCACGUGAAGGUGAGCUUUGAUUUAAGUGAAUACACUGCUGAAGUUGAUGCUGUUGGAACAAUUAGAAUCUUAGACGCAAUAAAAACUUGUGGUCUGGAAAAAUCGAUAAAAUUUUAUCAAGCCUCAACAUCUGAACUUUAUGGAAAAGUGGCAGAAGUGCCUCAAAAUGAAAAUACACCAUUUUAUCCUCGUUCUCCUUACGCAUGUGCAAAAUUGUACAGUUAUUGGAUAGUCGUGAAUUAUAGAGAAGCUUACAAUAUAUUUGCCUGCAAUGGUAUUCUUUUUAAUCAUGAAAGUCCACGUAGGGGAGAAAAUUUUGUAACACGAAAAAUUACAAGAUCUAUUGCAAAAAUUCAUCUUGGAUUACAGGAUGCAUUGGUACUUGGAAAUUUGGACGCAAAACGAGAUUGGGGUCACGCUAAAGAUUAUGUGAAGGCAAUGUGGCUCAUUCUUCAACAAUCUGUUCCUGAAGAUUAUGUUAUUGCGACAGGUGAAACACAUAGUGUGAAAGAAUUUGUUGAGGCGGCAUUUGAAUAUGUUGGACGAACAAUAAAAUGGGAGGGUCAAGGUCUCAAUGAAGUUGGAAAAGAUGUGAAAACUGAUGAAAUUUUAGUUCGUGUGGAUCCUAAACAUUUUCGUCCAACUGAAGUGGAUUUGCUUCAAGGCGAUGCAUCAAAAGCAAAAAGCAAACUUGGUUGGGAGCCAACAGUUUCGUUUCAAGAUCUCGUAAAGGACAUGAUGGAGGCCGACUUGGAGCUGAUGAAGAAAAAUCCAAACGCUUAGAAAAACCAAAUCGUGAAGCGUAUUCGUGUCAAAAAAAGUUUGUCUACGAAAGUGAUUUUUUUUCCACUCCAUAAUCCCUGGAUGAGAAUAAAUGGUCAGUCAUUUUUUUUUUUUUUAAUAACUAUAUUUUUGUACAAAUGAGUAUACAUUUAAAGGUUAAGUAUAGCAUAUUAUCACUGGUAUCAAUUGCAAUUUUUAUCCAAUGUGCAAUGUUGUAUUACAAACUAUAUUUGUAUAAAUUUCGUAUUUGACAAUUUUUUCCUUUAAAAAAUGAUUAGUUUUGAAACUAUAAAAUAAUAAUUAAGUAACGAUUAAUUAAUCGAUAAAUUAUUUUAAUUAGAAAUAUACAGUAUUUUAUGUUUAAAUUA